AUGGACAAGUUUGCAACUCUCGAACCAGUCAGACUCUAUGCUCAGCGCAAUCAGCCACAGAAACCACAACAGCCACAGUCUCUGGGGAAUCUACCGCUCGACCUCCAUGCUCUCAUUCUCAACAACUUACCCGUGCCAGACAUACCCCACUAUGCCAGAUGCUGUAGAACAACCGCAGCACUCGUCAGAGACGGCGAUGCCCUCGUUUGGAAGUCGAAAUGGAAUGCAUUGGGCGUAGACAAGCAUGAUCUAGACAUUGUCCUCCAGAGACUCGAAAAGAAGGCCAACGAGGCCCGCGCUUCGUCCAGAGCAGCAGCACCACCCACAAUACCCGUCGACGACGACUUUGGAGACUUUGCAGCCGCAGAUGUCCUUGCUCCCCAGCCAGGCGAGUUUGGCGAUUUCGUGGGGGCCUUUAGCGCAGUCACCAUUGCACCGGCUGUACCACCCAAGGAAACAAAUCGGACCAGAUAUAUGAGGGUUCAUAGUCUGUUGAAGCCGAUGGUGCAGGCUUUGUCCAGUCCACCGCAUCUCGUCCUCAGUCAGCUGGCAGAGGCGCUAUCGGACCCCACUUCAUCCACCUCGCCGCUGGUCCUCGAGUCCAAACUCUUGAGGAUCUUGUCGUUUUGGCUGUCCCCGACGGUCAAACCGGUCAAUGGAUGGGAGUCUCUCUACGCGUCGUUGAGGUCCGCCAUGGAUCGCUUCGAUGGAAACUUGCUGGCAGCCUUUGACUCGGCGGAUAGUAGGAACGAUGAAGUUACCAUGAAGGAUGCGGCAGAGAGUAGUUGGCAGGUCUGGGAUGGUAAUGGCGAUUGGGAGAUGGGAAAGGUGUGGGCCGAGAAGAGGGAGAUUUUCUAUCAGCUGGGUCGGUGGAAUCCUCUUGAUAACUUUACGGAGCAAGGAGGAAUCGAAUUCGACGCGAUGGAUAGUUUUAUGGAAUGGGUUCUGAAGGCGAUCGAGGAACAUGGGACCAGAGCGGUUCGGGUGUUUCCUCCAGAGUCUCAAGUCUUGCUGUCGUUUGCAGAUAGGAUUGCCAACGAGAUUGUCGGAGACUAUAUCAGCUCGCUGUUGUCGAGGGCCCGAGAGCUUUCAACGGAAAUUUACCUCCAGUCGGCCGCUGCAUCGUUCAAAGAAACAUGGAGGAUGGUCGACGCCAUUAUGGAGGCUGCAAAAGCAAGACCAGACUCGAAUAUCCCCAGGACGAGAGCCGAGGACGUGGUGUACAAAAUGUUCGAAGCAAACAUGGACGAGUAUCUCGAUGAAGAGGUGGAAGCCAUCAAGCUGUCAUUCGAGAGGACGCUGAAGAACUGGGAUAGACAUGAACAAUCCCCAACUUCACCAACGUCAGCCGAUACGCGCUUCUUGCACGCACAAAACCCGGCACAGGCAAAGCGAAACGUUGUCAACAGCUUUACGAACCUCCUCUUACUCCCUGUGACGAUCGUGCCAAGGACGGUGAACGCUGUGGGAGGAGCGCUAAUGACUGGAGGUUCUGCUGCUGUCCAGGGUAUUGCGAUGUUGAAUCCUCAGCGAUGGGGAGCUUCCGCGGCAGAUGCGAGCUAUUCGAAGAGCCUCGGUCAAGGCGAAUCUCUCUUCGACGCCGACGAAGGGAACAAGAGAGCCUCCAUCUCCCUACAAUCCGACCUGGCCUCACCCACGCCUCUCAUCUCUGCCGGAGCCAAGUCCCCCAAUCCACCCAUGUCAGCGCUGAGCACGAUCACUGAGGGAGAGACUAACCAACUGGAUCUGUUGCUCUCUCUCGAUGUGGCCCUCGAGUUGAUUCACGAAAACCGGAAAGCCCUGAAGAGGGUUGAGACGUUCGAGGGCUAUCCCGGACAUUAUGGGCAUCGAGUCAAGGAUACCAUCGAAGAGUUGUUCAUUCUGUUUUUGCAGACGCUCGCCGAGGGUCAUAUCAACAAGGGGUUUGCUAGGGCGACGGACAGGAUGAAGAGCUAUAAACCCGCGGAGCACAGUGAAUCCAAGAACGUUGCUCCACUUGAACAGUUUUUCGAGUUGGUCCACAUCGGCGACACGAUACAGUCCAUGGUCCAGGUUUAUUUCGACAAGGAGCUGGCCCCGCACAUCGAUCGAACAGAUUUCUUGAACGCGGUUGUGAGGGAGAAGAAGAAGUUUGAAAACAUGUUGGAUGAUUCGGUUGCCGCGGGGUUGAAUGCUGGGACGGAGGUGUUGAUGAACCAGGUCGACCAUAUCAUUACUACGAAGACCAAACCUCGCGAGUAUUACCCUCCAGAGGACGGGGCGCUAGAGUUGGGUCCUACCGAGGCUUGCCAAGAAGCGAUCAAGUGUUUGGAGACCCAUUGUAAACUCUUGAAAGGUAGUACGAGCAAGGAGGUUUUGGAGGUGUUCUAUCAAGAGGUCGGGAUUCGCCUGAUCAGCAUACUGCAAAAACAUAUCAAGCGACAGAUCAUCUCAUUGAAUGGCGGCUUCCAAGUCAUCGCGGACUUGAAUGCUUACAACAAUUUCAUUUCGUCGCUCAAGGUUCAAAGCAUAUCCUCCGAUUUUGCGAAUCUGAGAAUGUUGGGCCACGUAUAUGUUGUGGAAGAUGCAAAGGACCUGGCCCAAAUUGUGCGGGAUGUGACUCGGUAUGGUGGAGCGUAUAGACCUGAAGACAUCUAUGAGUUCAUCCAAAGACGGUCGGAUUGGAAGAAGAUUGAAAAGGUUGUAGAUAAGACUAUGUACAACUUGAGCUUCAAGGAAGAUUGUAGUAUUAUGUAA